AUGGCUCCCGUCGCAAUGAACAAGAACAAUUCCGCCGUGAAACGGAUUAUGCAGGAGGCAAAGGAGCUCGCUAAUGAUCCAUGCACGGAUUACUCGGCAGCGCCCUUGGAGGAUGAUAUCUUUGAAUGGCAUUGCACGCUUCGCGGACCGUCAGGGACGGAAUUUGAGGGCGGUUUGUAUCACUUUCGUAUCUUGCUUCCAGCGGAAUAUCCCUUCCGACCACCAUCUAUCAUGAUGCUUACACCUAAUGGUCGAUUUGAGCUCAACACCAAGAUCUGCAUCAGCUUCACCAGCUACCACGAAGAACUCUGGCAACCUGCAUGGGGAGUCCGAACAGCUAUCAUCGGUCUCCAAGGAUUCUUCCCCCUCAAAGGACAGGCUGCAGUCGGUGUUGGCUCCAUUGAAUACCCCUCCACGGAGAGAAAGCGCCUAGCAGCAUUGUCUCGCGAAUGGUGCUGCCCUCAUUGCAAGCAGACGACUCUAGAACUCCUCCCGGACCCCGUUAUCAAGCCAUCCACCAGCGAUUCCGCGACAUCGUGCAGUUCGGCAAGCCCACCGACCGCCACGACUGCCGAAUCUCCGUCAGAUCAACCUCCUCCGACAGUCGUCCUCGAGACGAGCCCUGAUCCUUCUCCAUCAAGCGACGAGACUCCGAACAUCGUCCACGAAGUGGGAUUAAUACCGUCCGGUGGCUCCACAGGCUCUGCGGGUGCUGCAGGACCUACCGCUCCUUCGUUCAUCACACACGCGCCCAGAGCUUCUCCUGUCGAGGACGCAACAUCGUCAGCAACUGCUCCUGCUACUACUGUGAGGCGCAGUUCGCAGAAGUCGCCGCUUAUCCUCGACACAGCCAUUUGUGUUUUACUCGUAUUGGUCUUCGCCUUGGUGUGCCGCCGCAUAUUAUAG